CCAACUCCAAGCCCGGCCGGCCUUUCGACAAGGUUGAGGAUAUUAUAGAGCAGUAGUACGACAAGUUGACGCAGAAGAAGCCGAAACCAUCCCAGUACGCCGAUCACCCAUUGAGAGAAACAGACCAAGAGCGAGCCUUCUCCUAAACUUCCAGGUUCAGGCUGCCACGCGCGCGCACCACCCCGCCCUUCCUCUCUUACAACACGCGACAACGGAGCCGGUCCCCCUGCACUUUGCGAUAGACCGCGAAACACGCACCCCAUGGCAUUUAUUAGUCUUCGCAACCGGUGACUUCCAACUAUCGCUCCGGCACCACCCACGCCAUGGCACUCAUAUCCGCCAAGACGAUCCUCACCUCCCUCUGCCUUUUCCACAUCACGCUGGGCUUCUUUUUCCUCACCAACCCGGGCACGGUGGCCGACCAGCCAGUGGUCUACUUGCUAGGCGAGUCCAUGGGCUUGCCCCAUUCCCGCUCCUUCGAGACGCAGUCCCCCGCCCUCGCCUUGCUGGCCGUUGUCCUAGGCAUAUUCGGCAUCAGCGACCUCGUGACCCUCUCCCUGCCUGACGAGAUCUGCCUGGUCCACUACUGGGGAAUGCAAGCGCCUCUCCGGUUGACACUCUCCUUUCUUUUCUCGCUGUACUCCUUCCUCUUCAGCGCCUCGUCGCCCCUCUUCUACAGCGACGGCCCGGACAAUUCGUCGUCAUCCUCGCGAUCGUUCACCAGCCGCCCCUUGGUCCAUCAUAAACGAAGCGGUUAUGUGCCCUCCAGCUGGGGCGGUGACGCGCUCAAGAACAGGGUCUUCUUCGCCUUCAUGUUUGUCGAGACCAUGAGCUGGUUCUGGGUGUGGGUUACGCUGCAGGAGGAGAGGCGGGAGGUGCUGGCGAGGAAGGCGCGGAGGCGGAGUUCUUCUUCAGCACAGGGAGGGGCGUUCGCCCGUUAGCGGCCGAUCUUGGGGUAGAAUGGGGGAUACCAGGUAGGGAGGACUUGAGCUGGAGAUGUGAUACAGGGGAGUUUUGGUUCGGUUUAUCUGUUAUCUGGAUUUGGACAUGCGAUGAUACCUCUGUCAAGUUGGCAUAGCGAGCGAAAUGUGGCACGUAGCAUGUGGACAGGUUGUCAUGAGGCAGC